GUAGUGAUUUAAGACAUUGGAUUGGGAGGCAGCAAACCAGAGUUCUCAAAGCUCAAGUUUCACCUUUGACGUUUUCCAACUGUUCUGAUUGUUAGUGACUUAGUCUUUGGUUUUCUCAAUUGCUAAGUGUCCACGUUUACUGAGCACUGUUUCAGAUUUGUGCUAAGUGUUUUAAAAGAUCUCAAAAUCCUCAAAAGAAAGUUUUUAGGCAGGAGCUGAAAAAAAAGGUGGCACAGGUCAAAAAUAUUGCAAGGAAAUGUUUAAACGUUUUCAAGGGAAAUGACAACAGAAGGUGGAAAAAGAUAGAAUGAUAAGGAUCCCAGAUGGAAAAAUAGUGUGAAGUGAAUAGGUCAGUCUUGCAAAAAGGUAAGUGUGGGGCAUCUCUUCUUCUGAAUGUCGUGAAGUCCAGGAAGGAAGAAGCAUGUAGAGAUGAAGGUUAAACUACAGUUAGGCAAAAGAGAACAACAAAAGGGCUUCUCAUGUUCUCAAGUUACCUGGAGGUAGGGCUUUAGUUGGAGGGAUUUCUGAGUGUCAAACAAGGACCUACGAAACCCCUGCUAGAAAAAAAAUCUGAAGAACUUGUAGGGAAGUGAAUUAUUAGAAAGUGCUAACUACAUUUAUUUUUCAUAUGACCAAGAUUGACAUUUCAGGGCAGAAACUCUUUCAUAAUUGGGAGUGUAGUUUGAAUUGGAAGGCAAUAGGAAGACAGUGACGGUAAAUGUUUGUUGGUAUGAUUUGAAUUAAGCAGCAAUCUAUAUUAUUUACAAAGUUGCUUUUGGCCACAUGCAGGCCACAAAAGGCUCUUCCUCCACUUGAUUUCUCAAUAAGGCUGCUUUGUAAUACUAGCUUUAUUGGAGUUAAAUGUCCUGAGCACCCAGUGUUUUUAUAAACACCUUAAGGGCAAGGAUCAUGCAUCAUAUUUCAUGAUACAUAUGAUUAUUUUCUAAUUUCUUUUCAUGUCUAAAAAUGGGUCUAAGAACUAAUCUUUUCACAAGAAUGAUCAGAGUUUGAAUGUGAGCAUUUUAAUUCUGCUGAUAUUGAAUAUUCUCUGGAGGAGCCCUGUGGAAGCAGAUAAGGAGGAAGAGAAUUCCCAGGAGCCAUGUCAGCCUCCAAUAUCACCUUAACACAUCCAACUGCCUUCUUGUUGGUGGGGAUUCCAGGCCUGGAACACCUGCACAUCUGGAUCUCCAUCCCUUUCUGCUUAGCAUAUACACUGGCCCUGCUUGGAAACUGCACCCUCCUUCUCAUCAUCCAGGCUGAUGCAGCCCUCCAUGAACCCAUGUACCUCUUUCUGGCCAUGUUGGCAGCCAUCGACCUGGUCCUUUCCUCCUCAGCACUGCCCAAAAUGCUUGCCAUAUUCUGGUUCAGGGAUCAGGAGAUCAACUUCUUUGCCUGUCUGGCCCAGAUGUUCUUUCUUCACUCCUUCUCCAUCAUGGAGUCAGCAGUGCUGCUGGCCAUGGCCUUUGACCGCUAUGUGGCCAUCUGCAAGCCACUGCACUACACCAAGGUCCUGACUGGGUCCCUCAUCACCAAGAUUGGCAUGGCUGCUGUGGCCCGGGCUGUGACACUAAUGACUCCACUCCCCUUCCUGCUGAGAUGUUUCCACUACUGCCGAGGCCCAGUGAUCGCUCACUGCUACUGUGAACACAUGGCUGUGGUGAGGCUGGCGUGUGGGGACACUAGCUUCAACAAUAUCUAUGGCAUUGCUGUGGCCAUGUUUAUUGUGGUGCUGGACCUGCUGUUUGUUAUCCUGUCUUAUGUCUUCAUCCUUCAGGCAGUUCUCCAGCUUGCCUCUCAGGAGGCCCGCUACAAGGCAUUUGGGACAUGUAUCUCUCAUAUAGGUGCCAUCUUAGCCUUCUACACACCUGUGGUCAUCUCUUCAGUCAUGCACCGUGUAGCCCGCCAUGCUGCCCCUCAUGUCCACAUCCUCCUUGCCAAUUUCUAUCUGCUCUUCCCACCCAUGGUCAAUCCCAUAAUCUAUGGUGUCAAGACCAAGCAAAUCCGUGAGAGCAUCUUGGGAGUAUUCCUAAGAAAGGAUAUGUAGAGGGUGAGGUGGAGAAAGAAUGGGUUGGCUUGUCUGCUGGAUUUGGAGACAGGCUAUGGUAGGAUGUGCACGGCUGCCAGGAUCUUCAUGUUCAGUUUUUUCUCGGAAAAAAAAAAAUGAUGUCCUGAAACUCAGAGCCACCAGUCUGUUCAGGACUCAUGGGUCUGUGUCCUCUGGUAGCCUGUGGAUUGAAUGUGCUGACUGUGCUGUCUUCUCACAGUGCCCUCACCCCUAUCAGUAACUUGACAGAGUCUUGACCCAUGGGUCUCCAGGUGACUUCACCGAAAGACACAAAGAUGCUUCCAACUUCCUUUGCUGAAGAGAAGACUUUGAAAAUCUGAGUUUCUUUUCUUAGUCAUUGGGAAUUUGGUAAACUAUCUACUCAGGACCUGGGUGAGGGCCAACAGCAUACCUGACAUAGGAAUCCUUCAUUCAUUCUGACUGGUGGUGUCCAGCUUCUGAUGAAACACUGUUAGGAAGUUUGAAACAUUCCAGGGCUGCAGGUUCUGAUUAAGACACCUAUGCUUGCUAGAAAAUCAUUUUUUCACCUAAGCCAGUAUGUGUAUUCUUUUGCUUAUAUUUACCAAUCCAUCCUUAUGUCCAAUUCCUUUUAUUAAGUACUUUGAAUAAGACAUGUCCUCUGGCUUUAUGUUUCAUGCAACUCUUUCUUUGCACAUAGAUGUAUCUUAUGAUUUCAAGAAUGAGAAUGGCUCAUUUAUUUACUAAUUCCACCAAAUCUGUGAUAGGGGAUGGGGACACAUAUACUAAAUUAGGGGUGUCAGACUUGUGUAUUUGUCCUAAGACAGAGAAGGAAAUAAUUAUGAUAGAUUCUGUUCUCUGAAAUUUCCAUCCCAAGGCCCAGCAUAAUAAAAGAAGAGCAAGACCAAGCAGAUAGGAGGCAAGAAUAUUAUGUUUCUCUUCUCCUGUCUCAUGUGAACUUACCUACUAUAUAAUUCUCUAUUAAUCCUGACAACACAGCUAAGCUUUUCACACAAGCCCUGUAUAAAUACAUUGUUCUGCUGUUAUCUUCUGACCCACUUGUUUCCUCAGAUAUUAUUGCUUAGAAAUUAUAUAUCUCUUUUGCUAUCACUGUAUCUUUCUCUAUUUAUCUAUCUAUAUUAUUUAGCCUUGAAAGAUAAUUUCCAAGCC